UAAUGUCUGAGUUUUCUUUUACAUAUAUGAUCAACGAAUUUGAUAUCAUAAAUUUGUAAUCAGAUAGAAUUGAAGAUGAUGAUGAUGAGGAGCCGCAUAGCGCUUGUCACGCUUUGGCUGCUAUCAUUCUCAACUGCCCUAUUAUUAUUAUGUGAUGGUACUUCACAUGGAGUUUGCAGUGAAAAAGAAAAAACAGCUCUUCUCAAUUUCAAACAAGGUAUCAGUUGGGAUCCUUCCAACAGGCUAUCCUCAUGGUCUGGACUCCAACAAGAUUGUUGUACUUGGACUGGAGUCCGCUGCAACAAUGUUACUGGUCGAGUCAUCCAGCUUCACCUCUCCAAUCCAUACAAUCACUUUGAUGAAACGCAAUUGUUGGGUGGGAAGAUUAGUUCAUCUUUGGUGGAAUUAGAAUCUCUGAUUUACUUGGACUUGAGUAUGAACAAUUUCAGUGGUUCUACUAUUCCAAGUUUCUUUGGUUCUAUGCCGAGUUUGAGAUAUCUCAACCUCUCUUAUGCUUAUUUUGAGGGAUUGAUUCCUCAUCAACUUGGGAAUCUCUCUGGGCUUCGUGUUCUUGAUCUAAUUUCUAAUAAUGAUCAACUUUAUGUUGAUGACCUUAGUUGGACUGCUGGUCUUCAUUCCUUGGAAUACGUUGACAUGAGUUUGAUUGACCUUGGCAAGGCGGUUGAUUGGCAUAGACAACUGAGCAACCUUCCUUCCCUUUCAGAACUACGUUUGUCCAGCUGCAAUCUCCAAGGGCCGAUUUCUCAUCAGCUUGCCAAUCUAUCGAGCCUUCGUCGUCUCGAUCUAGGAUUUAAUGAUGUACUGAUGACAACCAGAUAAAUGGAGACAUAUCGAACGUGUUCCUAAACUCUAGUGUUGUUGAUAUUAGUGCUAAUCGUUUUGAGGGUUCAUUACCACGUUUGUCUCCAAAUGUUAGAAUGUUGAACCUUGCAAACAAUUCUUUCUUUGGACCCAUUUCCUCAUUCUUGUGCCAAGAGAUGAAUGGAGAAAGUAUGUUGGAGGUUCUGGAUGUAUCAAAUAAUAUAUUAUUAGGUGAACUUUCUCAUUGCUUGAUGCAUUGGCAACAUCUGACCCAUGUGAACGUGGGAAGGAACCACCUAUCUGGUAAAAUUCCAAACUCAUUGCGAAACUGCACCUAUUUGAGGCUCAUUAAUUUAGGUGGAAAUGAAUUUACCGGACUCAUUCCGAGUUGGAUUGGAGAAAUUUUAGGCUUGAAGGUUCUCAGCUUAAGAUCCAAUAAAUUUAUCGGCAAUAUACCGUCACAAAUAUGCCAACUUUCUGGGCUUAUAAUCCUUGAUCUUGGGAAUAAUAGCCUAUCCGGACCGAUACCAAAAUGUUUGAAGAAUAUCAGUGCGUUGACUAGCACAAGUUCUACAUAUCAUAACAAAUUGGAAAUGGGAAGUGCUAUUGGUAGUAUUCCAUUUGCAGUCUACAUAGAUAUUCUCUCGUUGGUGACAAAAGGGAGAGAAUCAGAGUACAAGGAUAUCCUUGGACUUGUUACGAGCAUAGAUCUCUCACAUAAUAAUUUAUCUGGUUCAAUCCCAGAUGAUUUUUCUAGUCUCGAUGCGUUGCGAUUUUUAAACUUGUCUCAUAAUAAAAUUACGGGAAAGAUACCGGAGAACGUUGGAGGCAUGACAAUAUUAGAAUCCCUUGAUAUCUCGAGAAACCAUCUUUCUGGUGAAAUUCCUCAAAGCAUGUCGAAUUUGACAUUUCUGAGUUACUUGGACUUGUCAUACAACUUCUUUAAUGGAAGAAUUCCUACGGGCACCCAACUUCAGAGUUUUAAUGCAACUAGCUACAUUGGCAAUGCUGAACUUUGUGGAGCCCCUCUCAACAACAAUUGCACAAGAGAAGAAGAAUCUCAAGGUCGAGGUGUGACGUCAAUGGAGGAAGAGGAAGAAGAGUAUGGAAUGGUAUGGUUUUAUAUUAGUAUGGGUCCAGGAUUUGUGGUUGGAUUUUGGAUUGUUUGUGGUACUCUUCUCCUCAAAAGGACAUGGAGGCAUGCUUAUUUUCAGCUUCUUGAUGAUAUGAAAGACCGGAUCUAUGUGGCUAUAUUGAUAAAGGUGAAUUGGCUCCGCAGCAAGUUCAAGAGAUCUAAUGAAACAUGAAGACCAUCAUCAUCUUGUACAAGAUUGCCGAUACAAUGAAUAAUUCCGUGCUGGACAUUUUGGAUCAACCGGGAGCUAGAUUUUGAAUGUGGUUGUGGAUCUAUUCGCAUUCAUGCACGAGUUCAACAAACAAUAAUACAAUAAUAUAUAAGAAAUAUAUCCAACUCAGUUGCGCAUGAAGUGAUAUCAUGCUUUAUCAUGAGUCACAUUCAAGCAAUCUGAACCAGUGAAGAGUUAUGCUCUGAGUUUGCUUUUGUUUAAUACCUUUCUCAUUUGUUUUUGAACUUUAUUGGGAAUUUAAUUAUUGGAUAACUAAUUAACUCUCAUUACCAUAUAAAGCAAUAUGAGCGUACAUCAUUAUGUAAAAACAUUUUAAGAAUUGGUUUAAGAUUUAUGAAGUUGAGCGAAUUAAUUUUUAACGAUAAUUAUGGUGAAG